CUCAUACUCUGACCGACCAGAUGUUGUUAACAUAAUUUCUCACUUGGUUCCGUGAAGAAGUCCUCCUCCUUGCCUUUUGCCUCCAAGCACACAGCUUGCCACGGCUUAUCUUCAAGGCCUGUCAGUACAAAGCUUUUUGGGCGCCAUGGGAGCACAUUUGCACAGACAGGAGACUACGUGAUUCGCGCUUCGUGCCUGGCUACUAGUGCCGUGAAAGGACGUCCAACCAUUUCAAUGCGUGGCUUGCGGCAGGGGCUUGCGGUCCUUCUCGCGGUCCUUCUUUGCAUCCGCGACGCCGAGGGUGCAUGCCCUAUCAACCCAGGUUAUAACUUAAUAAAUCCUGGCAAGGAAGUGCCUGCCAGUGCGCUGGUCGUCCGGGCGUCAGCAAACAACAUCACUGCGGCCAGCAUUGCCUGCGGACAACGCCCGGACUGCAGGGGGUUUACCAGCGGUGGCCUGCUGGUACUUUCAGACUUAGACGUCACGGUUUGGGCGGACAGCUCGGACCCGACGUCAUGUGUGUAUGUGCGGGCCAGCCUCACAGGCGGAUGGAAUGAACAGAUGUCUGGCGUCGAAGUAUCGAGCGACUUCGAUCUAAACGUUCCUUACUAUGGCCGCCUGGUGUGGAGCGCGUGUCAGCAGCUUUGCCUGGACACGCCGGGGUGCCGCAGUGCCAGCUACAUGGCCUCGGAACAGGUGUGCCGGCUCAAGUCUGCGACUUGCGCGGAGGCGCAGCUAGGCAAAGGGUGCACCGUGCUUGGCUCACGCUUUGAGGCCUUUCUCCAUAUAGACCGUUCAACUACCCUGGACUUCGUGGCGGCGAGCUGGCUUACUGCUAUGGCGUACACGGGGCUGACGUCUCAGCCGGGGACUUUCGAUGGAGCCGUUUCUGCGUGCCAGGAGUUGGGCACCCGGUUGACGUCUUUGCACUCCUCGGGCAACCUGAACACGCUGGUCCGCAUGGCCACAAAUGCGUCGCUGCAGCUAGCGCCUAGCACCCCCGGCAGCUCAGGGCCGUGGCACUACUGGCUGAACGGACGCCACAGCAGCAACACCGGGAACAUCACCUGGGCGGAUGGCACACGGUUCAUCCUGCGCCAAAACAUCACCGUGGACUCGCCGGGCGGGUGCUUUGCGCUGACCAUCUACAACACCACAACCCGGGCCCUAACGGUCCAGGCAUGCAACGCCACGGGGUAUCCACUUUGCUCAGCCUUCCCGAACGGUGUGGAGGCAUGGCGCUUCCAGCCCGAGAGCACGGUCAUCCAAGUGUACGACAACCGCCUAUCCGGUCUGGACACGGCGGCGUUCUGCGCCAGUAAGGGAGCGCGCCUGUGGCGGCCCUCCGGCGUGCGGGGCCGCGAGCUCAUUCAUGACGUGCCGUUUCAGACCCCAGCGGUCACGAACGCCUGGGUCGAUGGCUGGUGUGUUGAUGGGACUCAGGAGUGCUACUACCCAAACGGCACUCGCAUCAGUGCCGAGAUGAUGAGCCCAGACUUGGCGCGGCUGUACAGCGGCCCCGGCUGUGUGGUGUUGGGGCUGCCGGUAUCCAUCCCGGCCUACUACUACGGCGCUGCCUGCGACACCCUGCUCGCCAUCGUCUGCGAGUCAGUUCCUCCGGUGCCGCCGAUUGCAGGCAUGCAAGAUGUUCCGGCACGGCUACGGCUGUUAAGCCCCAACGCUUUUGCUUUCAUGGCGGCCCCGCGGACGUACAACGAGGCCGAGUCCCAGUGCGUCACCAUGGGCGGGCACCUGGUCUCCAUCCCGGACGCAAGCACGGAUGCACUUGUCUCAUCGACUUGGUUUGACAUGGAUGGGCCCAACAACAACUUCGCAAUUUUCAAGUACACCCGGCGGAUCCUUACGUACCUAGGCGGCGACUCAUACAAGGGCAAUGGCUUGGCCUGGUUGGAUGGGAGCCCGUACAACUAUGAGGGCGAGAAGCUGAGCGCCUCCUCCAUGAACAAUGAGGGCUGCUUAAUGAUGUCGUCGCUAGGAGCAGGCGCGCCGGCGCCGCGCUGGGAGGUGAUCCCUAAAACUGACUGCUCGACAAUCCGCUUCAACUACACCUGCAAGCUACCAGCAAAAGCAUAUGUGCAACCCUCCGCGGCGGUGGCCAGCGACGGGGCGCUGUUUGAGCUCCACUUGGAAACGCCGCGCACCUUCCCGGACGCUCAGGAGGCGUGUCAGGCGCGCGGCGGCAACUUGGCUUUCCUGUCACCUGACACCUCAUUUGAGGACAUCAAUUAUUUUGUGCGGCGGCUGCGCCACGAGCUCAUUGGCAUCAUUCCCAUUAUGGGGGACACGUUCGCGUACUUUAUUGGGGCUGUAACCAACAAGACCGAUGCGCAACUACGCUCGGCCGACUUCAGCUGGCUGGACAGCUCGGCUGGCCCAUUCAGCUGGCCCAUCUGGAAUGCCGGGUUCCCGCCUGGACAACCCGUGGAAUACUCGUUUUCUGCCGGCACACGCACGGCGGCAGUGUUUAUGUCUAAUAAUGGUGCCACCGUGGUUGCGCGUAAGCGCUACGACAACGCCCUGCCCUUCCUGUGCCGCAGUCCCUUGGGAACGCCUAUUGCGACUGCUAUGGCUGACGACGGCACGACGUACGAGGUGCUCCGCACGCCCUACGCGCUGCCGUACCAUGCGGCGGAGCAGGUGUGCCAGGAGCGCGGCGGCCACCUCGCCGGCGUGUCCUCGCCGCAGCAGCUGGGGGCGGUGGCGCAGCUGUGCAGCGCGGCGCUGCAAGCGCUGCCGCGGGCAGCCAGCGGCGGCUUUGAGAGCCACGACGUGCCAGACGGCUGCUGGGUGGGGCUGUACUGCCCAGCGGGAUACCGCGGUGAUGUCAGCUUCAUAGACGGUUUCGGCGAGCGUGCCCUACGUAGGUUGGCGAGCUUUCAGCCUUCCAUCCUCCAGGGCAGUAGCUGCAGCUCGGGCUCUGACUUGAUGUGGCUCGACAGCCGCAGUACCGCAGGCGACGGCGGCCUGGCGGGCCUGGUCAGCGGCGCAGCGUCUAGCCUGAACCCUGGCAGCCGCUGCGGUAUGGUGCGGCCCGGUGCCAGCAGCAACAGCAGCAGCACUGCGACGCUGUCUAUGUCGUCUUGCAAGCAGUUCGCCGCGUUCGUGUGCGAGCGUGGCGGCAUGAGCACUCCGCCGCCGCUACCGUCCAUCACCAUCACCCAGCCUGCAGCUACAGCACCGGCGGCGUCAGCAGACUCGAUCCCGUCAGGGGCGGCUCGCUAUCAGGGCUGCUACACGCUGGUGGAUGGGCAGCAGCGCGCGGCGGCGGCGGCUGGGUCGCUGGCACUGGCGCCCACGCCGCUGCCGGUCCUGCUGUCGCAGAACGCGUCCAGUCUGGCUCAGUGCUACAGCCUGGCGCAGCAGAGCGGCCUGGCGUUCUACAGCAUCGUGGGCGGCAGCGCUUGCUGGGGCGGUGCCGCUGCUCCGGGCCUGCCGUUCGUCAACGUCAGCGACGAUACGAUGUGCCGACAGGCCUGCAGCAGCGGGGACACUAGCAGCAGCGGCGGCCAGCAGCCAGGCUGUGCAGCGGCGGGCUAUGCGGCCGUGUUUGCGCUCACAGCUGCCGCUGCCGCAACCGCAACAGCUGCACCGGCCGCAGCGGCAACUGUCUAUACCUGCAUGGCUGAGGAGCUGGUAGCGGCCCCGAACGCCUCAGUCGUGGGGCAGCUGCACAUCAGCCCCUCCCAGCUGUCCCGCUGCGAGGCGCUGUGCUCCUCUCUGGCAGCCUGCGACAUGUACACGUAUGACACGCGAGCGGGCGCCUGUGUGCUGCUGGGUGUUCCCGGCGUCGCCAGCCUGGCCAGUCUGCCUGUGUACGACGCCCAGUGGGCCCGGGCCACGUGCGUUAAGGCUGUGCGGCUGGUUGCAAACUCCACGCUUCGGGAACUACCUACUUCCAGCUCGAUUGCAACUGUCCCUGGCCGCCCCACGCACCUAUGCAGCGCGGCGCUGGGCAACCAGCUGCAGGCCGCUGGGUCAGCAGCCCUCACGCCCCGGAACGGGCUGCCGGUAGCGGACGCAGCCGCUUGCGCGGCGUCCUGCGCUGCUAACGCCACCUGUCAGGGCUUCGUGGUCACACCCACGUUGGGCAACGCAAGCGCUUCCCUGCUGUGCACGACGCGCGCUGGGUUUGUGGUGGACCAGAGCUACGAGUGGGUGUCUGCACGGGCUUGGGUGGAGCUCCCACCUGCAGCCAGUAGCGCAAUCGCCGGCAGCAGCAGUGCUAAUGAGGGUUGUCUGGUACUUUCACGCCUCGUGCCGCCGCCGCCGUACAUGUGCACGGACUACGUGGAUGCGGGUGGCUGGGAGCUGCAGCAGCUCAACACCUCAGACGAGCAGGCGUGUCGCAGGGCGUGUGAGGCGAAUGACGCGUGCUCCCUGUACGUUCUGUACUCCUCACCGCCCAGCUGCAGCCUGCGUUUCCGGGCCUUCUACAACAACACAGCUGCAUAUGCCGCCGUGAAGGGCUCGAACCUGCGACUGGACAGCACCAAGCUCGGCACCGUUCGCAGCUGCAUCAACACGUACCGGCUCUUGCAGCCCUUUGUGUCCCCUUCAAUGGGCCGUGCCAGCCGUCAAGUCCGUCUCGGAGCAGAUGGCGCAUUUCACCUGUGCGUACCUCACAUGGACCUCCGCGGAGUCAAUGACUUCUCGGCAGACACGUUUGACGACACAAAAUGCGCGGCGGAAUGUGCUGCACACUCGACCUGCAACUAUUUCAUCACGACCUACGACGCCUUUGAGACUGGCGUUUGCUACACAAAGCGCGAGCCAUACAUCUUCACGCUCGGCGAGGACGCUGAAUUCCCAGAUACUGGUGGCCUCACGCGCAUUGACAUGGUCAGUGUUGCGGACUCGUGCUUUAACCUGGAGCGGCAGCUGCCCCGCAGCGCGCCCGUCUACGUGUGCGCGCAGCAAUACAGCGCCGUGUUUGCGGCGGGCGCGCGCAGCAUUGCGUCUGUCGCCACCGCAUACGCUUGCGAGGCGCUGUGUAAUGUCGACGCGGGCUGCGUUGGCUACACAUGGAUGGCGCACAACAGCACGUGUGUGCUGGGAACCAGUAACAGUGGCAGCAGUAACAGCAACAGCACCAGCAGCACCGCUGGAGGUCUGGCGGCGCGCACGACCGGGCCGUCCUGGCUGGCCACCCAGACGUGCUUCAACACUCCACGCCUUCAGAGUGCAAAAGACAAUGGCACCGCAGGACUGUACAUCCAGGCGAGCAGCACAUGGCAUUAUUGUCAGUGGGGUGACAGCAUCCUGGGCCCGGCGGCUCAGCUUCAGCUAGACAUCCUCGGCGUAAGAAUGAUUCUGAACGCAGGGGUCGCAACUAGCAGCUUCGCGAGUGUCCGCAACUGCACUCGCGAGUGCGCAGCCGUUGACGGCUGCCAGACGUUCAGUCUUACAUGGCAGAAUGCCACGGAUGUAUCCCCCGUGUGCCUGUUGCUGGGAUGGAGCUCGGCAGCACCCUACUCAGCCGUGCAGGUGCCAUCGGGAUCGUCCACGCAGUUAUCGCUGACCUGCCUGGUGCUUGCGUCCGAGCGCGCGUUUCCCGCGGCGGCCGGUGGCCUUGUGCACCCGCGCGUGCGACCGGCGGCCGUGCAGGCAUACCGCAGCAAGCAGUACAGCGUGUACCUGCAGCCCGCCAGCUACAGCCUGGCAGCUGCCACUUGCCAGAGCGCCGGCGGCGGAGGCCAGUUGCUGUCUCUCAACAGCGCCCAAGAGCUGACGGUGGUGCAGGCGCUGCUGCGGCCGUACCUACAGGCAAGCACCCAUCCUGCAGCCGGGUCGGCGCAGCUGGACACGACUCCGUUCUGGACGGGGCUGGUGUGGUCUGGCAACAGCACCGGAUGGAGCUACAGCCAUGGCCGCAAAACCGAUGUGACGUUUGUGGGCUCGGUGCUACAGUCAGGGGCUGCAGGAGGCUGCGGCGCGCUCGACCUCAUAGGUGGAGCAGCAGGGCUCCGCGCGGCCAACUGCACCGCCUGGGCCCUGCCGUUCGUGUGCGAGUAUGAGAUGCCGGCCGUCGCGGUGGAUGGAAUCACCAGCUCUGGACAGCCACUGCAGCUGUUCCCCGCGCAGGCCGGAUACAGCCAGGCACUGCAGCUUGCCUCGGCUGCCGGCGCAGUGCUUGCGGUGGUGGACUUGUCAGCCGCGGCUCCCGGCAGCAGCGGGCGCCACCGCGCACGCGCGCUGCUGCAGGCGCAGUCAGGAAGCGGGGCGGUGCGCUUUGGUAGCGCUUCCGCUGCUGCCGCCGCAUGCGGUGCGCAGCAGCUGCUGUCCUCGGGCUGCUGGGUGCAGCUACAGCCGCCGGCAGACGCCUGCAACAGCACCAGCGGCACUGCAGCGCUGUGCGGCGCGACCGCGCUGCUGCUGACGGAUGCCGCAUCCAUGACGGCUUCCACGCUGCAGUCUCUGGCCGGCCUCGGGUCUGGCACCAGCAGCGUUGGCAGUGGCAGCAGUACGUGUGCAGCGGCCCUGGUGUCCAGCGCCUCUGGCAGCGCCUCCUACGUGCGCGCGCCGUGCGCCACCCAGGCAGCCUUCUUGGCAGCUGUGGUGGACCCGGAAGCGCCGCUGCGGGCUGCGAUGGCAUCGCCUCCGCCACCCCCAUCCGAUACCACCAACAGCGGACUCUCGGGCGGCGCCAUCGCCGGCAUCGUGGUGGGCAGCGUCAUCGGCGGUCUGCUCCUGGUCGGUUUGGCAAUGUUUGGGUGGAUGCGAUGGCGGGGCGCCAAGCCCGCAGGCAACGGCAGCAAUUCCGAUACCAAAGCCAACGGCAAGGUAGAGGAGAAGAAUGGCAAUGGCUGCGACCAUUUGGCAGGUGCCGGGACGAAGGACAACAAAAACGGUCCGAAGACGGACCGCGGCGCUCCGUAUGCUGUCAGCGUCACUGGCGACAGCCUGGGCACCGGAGAGGCCACGCGCCUGCGCUCCAGCAGCGAUGGGCCGCUGGUGCUGGCGCCCGUGUCUUACGGGUCGUCUAGCGUGCAAGCAACCGGCGCAGCAGGCAGCCCAAAGGCUGGCGCAGCACAGCAUCAACCCUUUGACGGCUGCCGCGCAGUCACCGGCGGCAACUCGGAGGGCUACGACCAGAGCAACUCCGACGUGACGACCGCCACAACUGUGGCUGGCGGCGGCGCUGGUCUCAACAGCAGCCGCAGCCACUACACGUACACCAACAGCGUCCUGUCGCUGCAGGACCGCUCGCGUGAACCGGCACCAGGCAGCCCGCGUGUGCUGCGGCAGCUGGUGGUGACGGCGGAGGACCCAGACCACCUGGACGUCACGUGGCAGAUCGACCCCAACAAGGACGUAAGCUGGGACGAGAACGAAGAGCUGGGCAAGGGCACUUUCGGCGUCGUAUACCGGGGACUCUACAAGGGUGAGCCCGUGGCCAUAAAGACGGUUAUGCGUGGCGGACACGGCAAGUACGAGAUGGAUGCACUCAAGAGUCUGCUGCAAGAGGCGCGCAUCCUGGCGAAGGUGCGGCACCCCAACGUCGUCACCUGCUACGGGGGCUGCAUCACCGACAAGAACGUCUUCAUCGUCGAGGAGCUCAUGCAGCAAAACCUUGGUGAGCUAAUCCACUCCACCGGCGAGGCACUGUUGCCGCUCGAGACGGUGCUGCGCAUUGCCAUGGACGUGGCCAACGGACUCUUCCAGCUGCACCCCACCAUCGUGCAUCGCGACCUCAAGCCCGACAACGUGCUGCUGGACGCGGCCGGCCGGGCCAAGAUCAGCGACUUUGGGCUGGCGCGGUUCAAGCUCCAAUCGUACCUGGCCUCCACCAAGAACUUUGCGGCGGGAACGAUUCCGUUCAUGCCGCCGGAGGCUUUGGGUGAGGAGAUCAACAAGAUUUCGGAGAAGGCUGACAUCUACUCCCUGGCUGUGGUGUUAUGGACGAUGCUGACCGGCAAGGUGCAGCCGUGGCAGAACUACCACUACGCAGCGGUGUUGUACAAGGUCUCCAUGCGCGGCGAGCGACCGGCGCUUCCAGAGGAUCCCAACCGCUGCCCGGCCCGGCUGGCGGGCCUCAUCAACCGUAUGUGGUCGCAAGACCCUGCGGCGCGGCCGGGCGCGGGCGAGGUCCUGAAGCAGCUAGGGGUGAUCCUUCGAGACGUGGAGCGAGUGAUGAGCUCGGGGGCCGCCCAGAGCCACCGGCACUCCACCACACUGGACUCGCCGUGCAGCCAGUCCACACGCGACGGCGCGCACGGCAGCGGGCAGCAGCGCGAGGGCGGCAGCAGCGGCAAGCGCAGCAGCCGUGCACUCUCGCCCGCCCCUGGCGAUGCGGCAAGCCGGUAAAAACUUCUGCAUUGCACAACAUUUGAGGGGUUAUCGUCAUGCAACAAGCAUUGCUCGCAGUACCCCCUGGUUUGGGGACGCCCGCUUAGAGCAUCACGACUGGUGAUGUUAGAAUGUGUAUUCGCUGGCAAGGUGGGACGGGCAAACUGAUUACUUUCAGUAGUACAGUAUCAAUGUGGACGUCCUUUCCUGGGUGUUGGCUGUGGUUUUGUCGCCGAAUGGUUGGUGGUUGGCAGAGCCACGAUACUGUAGAGCUGGUGGAUACUGUAGACAUGUGCUUCGUAAAUUCGCCCUUUGUUGCGCCAGCGGAUACCAAUGAUGAGGGUUCCUUGGUGUGGUACAGGGUGUCGGGCUUGCUGCUUGUCAGACUGCGUGGGGCUUGACUGCAUGGGGCUCGCUAAUGGUAUGGGAGCGCGAAGCCCUUCACAAACACGCGGGUGUUAGCUAUGCCCUUCAUGAUACAGUCGCAACUAUGUAUGUGGGUUGCGUGAGUCCAAUAUGGGCGCGACCCACCGACCCAAUCCUGGCUCGCCUCCCAUCCGUGGCAUCACCCGCGGCGGUCUUUCAACUAGCUGGGUAUGACGCCGGUCUUGAAGAGGGGUCAAACGGAAAGGGACUUUUUAUAACGCAUGGGUC